AUGAAUAUAAAUCUUCACUAUAAUACUGGAUUUAUAAAUCUCGAAUUAGAGAGAAUAAUAGAAUCACAUAAUGCAAAUGAUUGCCUUAAACUACUUAUCAAAAAACUAGACAUGUUUAAUGUGAGUCUUUCCAGUGAUGUGGUUUGCAUAACAACAGAUGGGGCUUCCGUUAUGGAAAAAUUAGGAAAUAUUUCUCCUGCUGAAUAUCAACUUUGUUUUGCACAUGCAAUACACUUAGUUGUAGUUGAUGUAAUUUAUAAAAAUAAAGUUGAAAAUAAUCAGAUUUCUAAUGAAGAAGAUAUUGAAGAUGAUUUUGAUGUUUUUGAUGAUGAUUAUACUUUGAAAGAUUAUUCUAAAAGUGAAUUUGGACAAGAGCUAGUACUUAUUUUAGAUUCGAAAACUCAUUGGAAUUCAAUGCUGGCCAUGAUUCAAAGAUUUAUUAAAGUUAAGAAAGCAGUUGGAGUUCUGAUUUACGUAAAGGAAAACAGUAUACAUAACAUUAGGAAUGGUAUUUGUGUUUCUGACAAAAUAUUAUUCACAAAGGAUAUAAGUGAAAAUAAAAUACGUGACAUAUCCCCAAUAAAUCAUCUUACUCAUUUGCUUACUUUAAAAGCUGAUAAAAAUUUACUGAAGUCAGGACUACUAAAUAAGUUGCCAUACCUCCAACAUAUCGACUUUUCCAAUAACCAAAUAAAAGACUUAUUUGGCAUAAAUCAUCCAUUGCUUGAGAAGCUUAAUUUAAAUGGAAAUGAAGUUUUAGAAAUAUCGAGUUUUGAUGCAGCCAAUCUAUCAUAUUUGGCUGUGUUAGAACUGCGUGGAAAUAAACUUACUUCUACAAAAUGCACAUAUCCACAAAGUUUAAAGAUGCUUUAUUUAGCUGAAAAUGCAAUAGAAGAGAUUCAAGAUGUAUCCCAACUGACACAUCUCAAAACAUUACACUUACGAAACAAUAAAAUAACAAAUUUAAAUGGGUUUUCAGAAAACAUGAAAAAUUUGCAAUAUCUUAAUUUAAGAAUGAACAAUAUUAGUGAACUACACGAAAUCAACAAGUUAAAAUGUUUACCCAUGCUUCGAGCACUCAUUCUAAUUGAUAAUCCAAUCUGCUAUGAAGAAUCUUAUCGGAUUGAGGUUUUAGUUAUCCUGCGUAGAUUAGAAAGACUAGACCAUGAUGUUUAUGUUGAUGAGGAAAGAAAAGACGCAGAGGAGAUUUAUAACGAGCGGAACUCUAUAGAAAAGGCAGAAAAUGUUAUCACAGAGUAGAUUCAAAUAAUGGUUUUGAAUAAUGUUUCAAUUCGAAUUUAUAACGAGGUUAUACAAAUAUUUUAUUUAUUUUAAUAAAUGAGAUUAUAAAAUAAAAAUGUUCAUAAUUUUAUAAAAAUAAUAUUAAUAGUAUUAAUCUAUGAUGUUUAUUUACAAAAAAGUAUUAAAAAAAAAUUAUAUUACGACAUUUUAUGUAUCUUUAAA